AUGGCAGACGAGGAUGAAUAUGAGGAGGUGAUCGAGUACUACACAGAAGAGACGAUCAUCGAAGAGGUGCCUGGGGAGACGAUUACAAAAGUCUAUGAAACGACGACAACCUCAUCAACUGGAUAUGAGGAACCAGCCAAGCCGGUUCAGAGAAAGAGAACCGUACGGAAGAAAGUGGACUCUUCCAAAUUCAUGACUCCUUACAUAGCACACAGUCAGAAAAUGCAAAAUCUCUUUAGCCAGAAUAAGUACAAAGAGAAUUUUGAGAAAGCCAAAGGACAGCCGUAUGCCACCACCUCCGAUACCCCCGAACUUCGCAGGAUCAAGAAAGUACAAGAUCAGCUCAGCGAGGUUAAGUACCGGAUGGAUGGUGACGUCGCUAAGACGAUCUGCCACGUGGACAAACAAGCAAAGGACAUAGAACAUGCGAAGAAAGUGUCGCAGCAAGUCAGCAAGGUUUUGUACAAACAGGAUUGGGAGGACACCAAGGAUAAGUACCUGCUUCCCCCCGAUGCUCCAGAGCUGGUCCAGGCAAUCAAGAACACCGCCAUGUUCAGUAAGAAACUGUACACCGAAGACUGGGAUGCUGACAAAAACUUAUUUUACCCCUACAACGACAGUCCCGAGCUGAGGAGGGUCGCCCAAGCCCAGAAAGCUCUCAGUGACAUUGCCUACAAGAAAGGGCAUGAAGAGCGGAAAGCUCAAUUCACGCCACUGGCAGACCCACCCGAUAUAGAAUUUGCCAAGAAAGUGACCAAUCAGCUGAGCAAGCAAAAGUACCAUGCGGAUUAUGAAAAUAAAGUCAAAGGCAAGUGGAGUGAGACACCUUGCUUUGAAAUUGCCAAUGCAAGAAUGAAUGCAGCUAACCUUAGCAUGAAAAAAUACCAGGAAGACUUUGAGAAUGCCAAAGACCAAAUUUACUUUAUGCAGACGGAUACCCCGGAGUACCAAGUUAAUAAGCGAGCUGGAAUCGCUGCUAGUAAGGUGAAAUACAAACAAGACUAUGAAAAGAAUAAAAGCGUGGCCGAUUAUAACGUGCUUCCCGCUACAGAGAACCCGCUGCUCAGGCAAUUGAAGGCUGCGGGGAAUGCCCUCAGUGAUAAAUUAUAUAAGGAAAACUAUGAGAAAACAAAGGCAAAGAGCAUAAACUACUGUGAGACUCCUAAAUUUAAGAUGGAUACCAUUCUGCACAACUUCAAUGAUAAUAAAUAUAAAGAUGCCUACAUGAAGAAUAUUCUGGGACAUUACGUGGGCAGCUCUGAAGACCCGUAUCAUUCCCACUGCAUGCAGGUUGCAGCUCAGAACAGUGACAAAAAUUACCGGGCCGAUUACGAAGAAGACCGGGGAAAGUGCUACUUCCCCCAGACCAUAACUCAAGAAUACGAAGCCAUCAGGAAACUAGACCAGUGUAAAGAUCAUACCUACAAAGUCCACCCUGAUAAGACCAAAUUCACUCCGGUCACUGACUCUCCUGUUCAACUGCAAGCCCAGAAAAAUACCAAGCAGCUGAGCGAUCUGAAUUACAAAGCGAAGCACGAGAGUGAGAAGUUCAAAUGCAACUUGCCCGCAGAUGCUCCAGCUUUUAUCCAGCACAAGGUCAACGCCUAUAACCUCAGCGACAAUGCUUAUAAGCACGACUGGGAGAAGAGUAAAGCUAAGAAGUUUGAGAUCAAGGUUGAUUCCAUCCCUCUCCUGGCAGCCAAAGCCAACAGCAAGAAUGCCAGCGAUGUGUUGUACAAGAAAGACUACGAGCAGAGCAGAGGGAAAAUGAUUGGAGCCCUGAGCAUCAAUGAUGAUCCCAAGAUGCUCCACUCUUUGAACGUGGCCAAAAACCAGAGCGACAGAUUAUACAGGGAAAACUACGAGAAGACAAAAGCCAAGAGUAUGAAUUACUGCGAGACUCCUAAAUUUCAGUUGGAUACCCUUAUGAAAAACUUCGGUGAGAAUAAAUAUAAAGAUUCCUACGUGAAGAAUAUUCUGGGACAUUAUGUGGGCAGCUAUGAAGACCCUUAUCAUUCCCACUGCAUGAAGAUUGCAGCUCAGAAUAGUGACAAAAAUUAUCGGGCCGAUUACGAGGAAGACCGGGGAAAAUGCUACUUCCCCCAGACCAUAACUCAAGAAUAUGAAGCCAUCAGGAAACUGGACCAGUGUAAAGAUCACACCUACAAAGUGCACCCCGAUAAAACGAAGUUUACUGCAGUCACUGACUCUCCGGUCCAGCUACAAGCCCAGAUCAAUACCAAGCAGCUGAGCGAUCUGAACUACAAAGCGAAGCACGAGAGUGAGAAGUUCAAAUGCAACGUCCCAGCAGACGCUCCAGUUUUCAUCCAGCACAGAGUCAAUGCUUACAACCUCAGUGACAAUGCUUACAAGCACGACUGGGAGAAGAGUAAAGCUAAGAAGUUUGAGAUCAAGGUUGAUUCCAUCCCUCUCUUGGCGGCCAAAGCCAACAGCAAGAAUGCCAGCGAUGUGUUGUACAAGAAAGACUACGAGCAGAGCAAAGGGAAAAUGAUUGGAGCCCUGAGCAUCAAUGAUGAUCCCAAGAUACUCCACUCUUUGAAAGUGGCCAAAAACCAGAGCGACCUUGAAUACCGAAAGAAUUACGAAAAGGCAAAGACUGUCUAUACGACACCUCUGGAUAUGAUCCAGGUCACCCAGGCUAAGAAAUGUCAAGCAAUUGUUAGCGAUGUGGACUAUAAGCACAUCUUACACAAUUACAGCUAUCCCCCUGAUAGCAUCAACGUGGACCUGGCGAAGAAGGCUUAUGCGCUGCAGAGUGAUGUUGAAUACAAAGCUGACUAUAACAGCUGGAUGAAAGGCUGUGGCUGGGUUCCAUUUGGUUCCUUGGAAAUGGAGAAGUCAAAGAGAGCGUCAGAUAUCCUCAAUGAGAAAAAAUAUCGCCAGCAUCCAGAUACUCUGAAAUUUACCUCAAUCGAAGACGAUCCUAUUAUUGUUCAGUCCAAAAUCAACCAGGCCCAAAGGAGUGACAUCCUCUAUAAAGCCAAAGGAGAGGAAAGGCUCCACAAGUAUGACCUUCCCACCGACUUCCCGCAGUUCAUCCAGGCCAAAGUGAACGCCUAUAACAUCAGUGAUUCUAUGUACAAACUGGACUUGAAAGAUUUGAGGAAAAAGGGUUACGACCUCAGAACGGAUGCUCUUCCUAUCCAAGUUGCCAAAGCUGCUCGGCAGGCUGCCAGUGACGUGCAUUACAAAAAAGAUUAUGAAAAAGCCAAAGGGAAAAUGGUGGGUUUCCAGAGUCUCCAGGAUGACCCCAAACUGGUUCAUUACAUGAAUGUCGCCAAGAUGCAGUCCGAGCGGGAAUACAAGAAAGAUUAUGAGAAGUCGAAGACCAAGUACAACACCCCGUUCGAUAUGUUCAACGUGGUUGGGGCCAAAAAGGCUCAGGACCUGGCCAGCAACAUCAACUACAAGCAUCAGCUGCACCAUUACACGUAUCUCCCCGACGCCAUGGACCUGGAGUUGUCCAAGAACAUGAUGCACAUUCAGAGCGAUAAUGCCUACAAGGAAGACUAUAAUAGCUGGAUGAAGGGACUUGGGUGGGUUCCCGUCGGCUCUCUGGAGAUGGAGAAAGUAAGGAAGGCAGGGGAUGCCUUGAACGAGAAGAAGUAUCGACAGCAUCCAGACACUCUGAAAUUUACCAGUGUGAUGGAUUCGCCGGUUAUGGUCCAGGCCAAACAGAACACACAGCAAGUCAGCGAUAAACUGUAUAAAGCCAAAGGAGAGGAGAUGAAACAUAACUUUACCAUCUGCCCCGACCUACCUCAGUUUAUCCAGGCCAGAUGUAACGCUUAUAACAUCAGUGAGGCGUGUUAUAAACGGGACUGGCAAGACUUAAUAGCCAAAGGGAAUAACGUCCUGGGAGACGCCAUCUCAAUUACUGCAGCCAAAGCUUCAAGAAACAUCGCUAGUGAUUAUAAGUACAAAGAAGCUUAUGAAAAAUCGAAAGGAAAGCAAGUUGGUUUUAGAAGUCUCCAAGAUGAUCCCAAACUAGUCCAUUACAUGAACGUUGCCAAGAUGCAGUCUGACCGCGAAUACAAGAAAAACUAUGAGACGACCAAGACCUCUUACCACACGCCUGGGGACAUGGUUAGCAUCACUGCUGCGAAGAUGGCUCAGGACGUCACCACCAACAUCAACUACAAGCAGCCCAUCCACCACUACACCUACUUACCGGAUGCCAUGAGCCUGGAGCACUCCAGAAAUAUGAAUCAAAUUCAGAGUGAUAAUUUAUACAAAGAAGAUUACAACAACUUUUUCAAGGGCAUUGGAUGGAUCCCAAUCGGCUCUCUGGAGGUUGAAAAAGUCAGAAAAGCAGGCGAUGCACUGAACGAGAAGAAAUAUCGCCAGCACCCAGACACGAUCAAAUUCACCAGCGUGACUGAUUCUAUGGGAAUGGUCUUGGCCCAGCAGAAUACCAAGCAAUUAAGCGAUCUGAAGUAUAAAGUGGAGGGGGAAAAAAUGAAACACACGUAUACUUUGGACCCUGAACUCCCUCAGUUUAUUCAAGCCAAGGUGAAUGCCCUGAACAUGAGUGAAGCUCACUACAAAGCAGACUGGAAGAAGAGUCUUGCCAAGGGUUAUGAUUUGCCAACAGAUGCUAUUCCAAUCCAAGCUGCGAAAGCAUCACGAAACAUUGCCAGUGAUUACAAGUAUAAGGAGUCAUAUGAGAAGGCCAAAGGGAAGCAAGUGGGAUUCCGUAGCCUGCAAGAUGACCCUAAACUGGUUCACUACAUGAACGUGGCCAAAAUGCAGUCAGAGCGGGAGUACAAGAAGGGAUACGAAGCCAGCAAGACCCGGUAUCACACGCCAUUGGACAUGAUCAGUGUGACGGCGGCUAAACAGUCCCAAGAAGCAGUGACAAAUACCAACUACCGACAGCCCAUCCACGAUUACACAUUCUUGCCCGAUGCUCUGCCCCUGGAGCAUUCGAAAAACAUGAUGCAGCUCCAGAGCGAUAAUAUCUACAAGUCGGACUUCACCAACUGGAUGAAAGGAAUCGGCUGGAUGCCCAAUGAGUCCCUGGAGAUAGAGAAGGUGAAGAAAGCGGGGGAGAUUCUCAGCGAGAAGAAGUACCGACAGCACCCCGAAAAACUCAAGUUUACCCUAUCCAUGGAUUCCAUGGACCAAGUGCUUGCCAAAAGCAAUAAACUGACCAUGGAUAAGAGGCUGUACACCGAUAAGUGGAACAAAGAGAAGACCACGAUCCAUGUCAUGCCAGACACUCCCGAUAUCGUGUUAUCUAGAAUAAACCAGAUAACCAUGAGCGAUAAACUCUACAAAGCUGGAUGGGAAGAAGAAAAGAAGAAAGGUUAUGACCUAAGAACAGAUGCCAUCCCAAUUCAGGCUGCCAAGGCGGGCACAGAUAUUGCAAGUGAUUACAAAUACAAAAAAGCUUAUGAACAAGCAAAGGGGAAGCACAUUGGCUUCCGGAGUCUCGAAGAUGACCCCAAACUAGUGCACUUCAUGCAGGUGGCUAAGAUGCAGUCCGAACGGGAAUACAAAAAAGGUUACGAGAAGUCCAAGACAUCGUUCCAAACACCGGUGGACAUGCUCAGCAUGGUGACAGCCAAGAAGUCACAAGAAGUGGCUACGAAUAUUAACUACAAGAACCUGAUACACUCAUACAACCUCCUCCCUGAUGCCAUGAAUUUUGAGUUGGCCAAAAAUAUGAUGCAGAUCCAGAGUAAUAAUCAGUAUAAAGCUGACUAUGAUGAUUACAUGAAGGGGAUUGGCUGGCUACCCAUAGGCUCCUUAGAAGCUGAGAAGAACAAGAAAGCCAUGGAAAUCGUGAGCGAAAAGAAAUACCGACAACAUCCAGACACCCUGAAGUAUUCCACGCUGAUGGACUCCAUGAACAUGGUUCUAGCCCAGAAUAAUGCAAAAAUCAUGAAUAAUCAACUUUACAAGCAAGCAUGGGAAGCUGACAAGACCAAGGUUCACAUCAUGCCAGAUAUCCCCGAGAUUGUUUUGGCAAAGGCAAAUGCAAUCAACAUGAGUGAUAAACUCUACAAGCUUUCCUUGGAAGAGUCCAAGAAGAAAGGGUAUGACCUCAGGACGGACGCGAUUUCCAUCACCGCUGCCAAAGCAUCUAGAGAUAUUGCUAGUGACUACAAGUACAAGCACAGCUACGAGAAGGAAAAGGGGAAAAUGGUGGGCUUCCGCAGUCUCCAGGAUGACCCGAAACUCGUCCAUUACAUGCAAGUGGCGAAAAUGCAGUCGGAUCGGGAAUACAAGAAGAACUAUGAGACAACCAAGACCAGAUACCAGACCCCCGCUGAUAUGCUCAGUGUCACAGCAGCCAAGGACGCGCAGGCCAAUAUAACCAAUACCAACUACAAACACCUGAUCCACAAAUAUAUCCUCCUGCCAGACGCCAUGAGCAUUGAACUGACCAGGAACAUGAAUCGCAUUCAGAGUGCGAACGAAUACAAGCAGGACUAUAACGAGUGGUACCGGGGCCUCGGCUGGAACCCAGCUGACUCCCUGGAGGUGGAGAAAGCCAAGAAAGCGACGGAGUACGCCAGUGACAUGAAGUACCGCCAGCAACCCAGCACCUUCCCGUUCAAGAAGCUGACCGACUCCAUGGACAUGGUCCUGGCAAAGCAGAACGCACAAACCAUGAAUAAGUAUCUGUAUACCGUCGACUGGAAUAAGGAUAAAACUCAAAUUCACGUGAUGCCCGAUACCCCGGAUAUUCUGCAGGCUAAACAGAACCAGACGCUCUUCAGUCAGAAACUGUAUAAACUCGGAUGGGAAGAAGCACUGAAGGAAGGCUACGACCUCCGCCCUGACGCUAUUUCAGUUCAGUCGGCCAAGGCAUCAAGGGACAUCGCCAGCGACUAUAAGUACAAAGAAGGCUACCGCAAGCAGCAGGGGCACCAUAUUGGAUUCCGUAGCAUUCAAGAUGACCCCAAAUUGGUGUUGUCCAUGAACGUGGCCAAAAUGCAGAGCGACCGGGAGUACAAGAAAGACUUCGAGAAGUGGAAGACCAAGUUCAGCAGCCCCGUGGACAUGCUGGGCAUUGUGUUAGCCAAGAAGUGCCAGGAAUUGGUCAGCGAUGUGGACUACAAGCACCCUCUGCAUCAGUGGACAUGCCUGCCGGACCAGAAUGACGUCAUUCAAGCCAAGAAAGUGUACGAGUUGCAGAGUGAGAAUUUGUAUAAGUCUGAUCUUCACUGGCUGAAGGGAAUUGGGUGGAGUCCUUUAGGCUCUCUGGAAGCUGAAAAGAAUAAGAAGGCUUCUGAAAUCAUCAGCGAGAAGAAAUACCGCCAGCCGCCAGACAGAUUUAAGUUCACCAGCCUUCCUGAUGCCAUGGACAUCGUUUUGGCGAAGACUAAUGCCAAAAACAGGAGUGAUAGACUCUAUAGGGAAGCUUGGGACAAAGACAAGACGCAGAUCCACAUCAUGCCAGACACUCCCGAUAUCAUUCUGGCUAAAGCGAACUUAAUCAAUUCAAGUGACAAACUCUACAGAUUAGGCUAUGAGGAAUUGAAGAAGAAAGGUUACGAUCUCCCUAUUGAUGCCAUUCCAAUCAAGGCAGCCAAAGCUUCCAGAGAAAUUGCCAGUGAAUACAAAUACAAGGAAGGUUACCGCAAGCAGCUUGGCCACCACGUCGGAGCGCGGGACAUUCAGGACGACCCCAAGAUGAUGUGGUCCAUGCACGUAGCCAAGAUCCAGAGCGACCGGGAGUACAAGAAAGACUUUGAGAAGUGGAAGACCAAGUUCAGCAGCCCAGUGGACAUGCUGGGGGUUGUCCUGGCCAAGCAGUGUCAGAUCCUGGUGAGCGACAUAGACUAUAAGCAUCCUCUGCACGAGUGGACCUGCCUGCCGGACCAGAAUGAUGUCGUCCAUGCCAGAAAAACCUAUGACCUUCAGAGUGAUAAUUUGUAUAAGGCAGAUCUCCAGUGGUUAAGGGGCAUUGGCUGGGCUCCCAGUGGCUCCCUUGAAGAUGAGAAGAACAAGAGAGCUACCAAAAUUCUGAGCGACAACGUAUACCGCCAACACCCAGACAAAUUCAAAUUCUCCAGCCUCCUGGACUCCAUGCCAAUGGUUUUGGCCAAGAACAAUACCGUGAAUAUGAACCAGCGCCGUUAUACAGAAGCUUGGGACAAAGAUAAAACCAGCAUCCAUAUUAUGCCAGACACUCCGGAAGUUUUUCUGGCAAAACAGAACAAAGUCAACUACAGUGAGAAACUCUACAAAAUGGGCCUGGAAGAAUCCAGACAGAGAGGCUACGAUCUGCGCCUGGAUGCAAUCCCCAUCCAGGCAGCAAAGGCCUCCAGGGACAUCGCAAGUGAAUACAAGUAUAAAGAAGGUUACCGCAAGCAGCUCGGCCACCAUAUCGGUGCCCGGGCCAUACAUGACGAUCCCAAGAUGAUGUGGUCUAUGCACAUAGCUAAGGUCCAGAGCGACCGGGAGUACAAGAAAGAUUUUGAGAAAUACAAGACCCGAUUCAGCAGCCCAGUCGACAUGCUGGGAGUUGUAUUGGCCAAGAAGUGUCAGGAACUGGUCAGCGAUGUGGACUACAAGCAUCCUCUGCAUCAGUGGACAUGUCUGCCAGACCAAAAUGAUGUCAUUCAUGCCCGGAAAGCCUAUGACCUCCAGAGUGAUAAUCUGUACAAGUCAGAUCUCCAGUGGUUGAGAGGCAUCGGCUGGGUCCCCAUCGGCUCUGUAGACAUUGAGAAAUGCAAAAGGGCGACGGAGAUUCUGAGCGACAACAUUUACCGCCAGCCUGCAGACAAGCUGAAAUUUACCAGCGUGACCGACUCUCUGGAGCAGGUCCUGGCCAAGAACAAUGCCAUCACCAUGAACAAGCGUUUAUAUACCGAGGCUUGGGACAAAGACAAGACACAGGUCCACAUAAUGCCCGAUACACCAGAGAUUACCCUGGCAAGGCAGAACAAAAUCAACUACAGCGAGAGUCUGUAUAAACUGGCCAAUGAAGAGGCCAAGCAGAAAGGCUAUGAUCUGCGCAUAGAUGCCAUCCCCAUCCAAGCAGCCAAAGCAUCCAGAGACAUCGCCAGUGAUUACAAGUACAAAGAUGGCUACCGCAAGCAACUGGGCCACCACAUCGGAGCGCGGAACAUCCAUGACGACCCCAAGAUGAUGUGGUCCAUGCACGUGGCCAAGAUCCAGAGCGACCGGGAGUACAAGAAAGACUUUGAGAAGUGGAAGACCAAGUUCAGCAGCCCGGUGGACAUGCUGGGGGUUGUCCUGGCCAAGCAGUGUCAGAUCCUGGUGAGCGAUAUAGACUAUAAGCAUCCUCUGCACGAGUGGACCUGCCUGCCGGACCAGAAUGAUGUCAUUCACGCCCGGAAGGCCUACGACCUUCAAAGUGACAAUCUGUACAAGUCAGAUCUCCAGUGGUUGAGAGGCAUCGGCUGGGUCCCCAUCGGCUCUGUAGACAUUGAAAAAUGCAAACGGGCGACGGAGAUUCUGAGCGACAACGUUUACCGCCAGCCUGCAGACAAGCUGAAGUUUACCAGCGUGACCGACUCUCUGGAGCAGGUCCUGGCCAAGAAUAAUGCCAUCACCAUGAACAAGCGUUUAUAUACCGAGGCUUGGGACAAAGACAAGACGCAAGUCCACAUAAUGCCCGAUACACCAGAGAUUAUCCUGGCAAGGCAGAACAAAAUCAACUACAGCGAGAGCCUUUAUCGACUUGCCCUCGAAGAGUCAAAGAAGGAAGGUUACGACUUGAGGAUUGACGCUAUUCCAAUUGUUGUCGCUAAAGCAUCCAGGGAUAUUGCCAGUGAUUACAAAUACAAAGAGGCUUACCGCAAGCAACUUGGCCACCAUAUCGGCGCCCGAACCGUGCGUGACGACCCCAAGAUAAUGUGGUCCCUGCACAUAGCCAAGGUCCAGAGCGACCGGGAGUACAAGAAAGACUUCGAGAAAUACAAGACCCGAUUCAGCAGCCCAGUAGACAUGCUGGGCAUUGUGUUAGCCAAGAAUAGCCAGACUUUGGUCAGCGAUGUGGACUACAAGCACCCUCUGCAUGAGUGGACCUGUCUGCCGGACCAGAAUGACAUCAUUCACGCUCGAAAGGCCUAUGACCUCCAGAGUGACAAUCUCUACAAGGCAGAUCUCGACUGGUUGAAAGGCACUGGCUGGGUGCCGAUUGGGUCCGUGCCGGUUCUUCACGCGAAGAGAGCGGCAGAGAUUCUGAGUGAAAGCAUGUACCGCCAGCCUCCAGAAAAGCUGAAAUUUACCAGCGUGACCGACUCUCCGGAGCAGGUGUUGGCCAGGAAUAAUGCCAUCACCAUGAACAAGCGCUUAUAUACUGAAGCGUGGGACAAUGCCAAGAAAACAAUCCACGUCAUGCCUGACACUCCAGAAAUCAUGCUAGCAAAGCUCAACCGAAUCAACUACAGUCAGAAACUCUACAGACUUGCCUUAGAAGAGUCCAGGAAGGAAGGUUAUGACUUGCGCCUGGACGCCAUACCGAUUCAAGCUGCCAAGGCCUCCCGAGACAUUGCUAGUGAUUAUAAAUACAAAGAGGCUUACCGCAAGCAGCUUGGCCACCACAUCGGAGCGCGGGAAAUUCAGGAUGACCCCAAGAUAAUGUGGUCCAUACAUGCAGCCAAGAUCCAGAGCGACCUGGAGUACAAGAAAGACUUUGAGAAGUGGAAGACCAAGUACAAUACCCCAGUCGACAUGCUGGGCAUUGUGACCGCCAAAAAUAGCCAGACUUUGGUCAGCGAUGUGGACUACAAGCAUCUUCUGCAUGAGUGGACCUGCCUGCCGGACCAGAACGACGUCAUUCAUGCCCGGAAGGCCUAUGACCUCCAGAGUGAUGCUAUUUACAAAGCUGACCUGGACUGGCUCAGAGGCAUCGGAUGGGUUCCCAUUGGUUCCGUGGAUGUCGAGAAGGCAAAGAGAGCGGGAGAGAUCCUCAGCGAGAGGAAGUACCGACUGCCUGCUGACCAGCUCAAGUUCACCUGCAUCACAGAUACCCCGGAAAUCGUCCUGGCGAAGAGUAACGCCCUCAAUGCGAGCAAGCACCUCUACACUGAAGCCUGGGACACUGACAAAGCCACCAUUCACGUGAUGCCAGAUACACCUGAAAUCAAGCUGGCCAAGGCCAAUUCCGUGAAUGUCAGCCAGAAACUUUACACCAAAGGAUGGGACGACUCAAAGAUGAAGGACUAUGACUUCAAAUUAGAUGCAAUUUCCAUCCAAAGGGCCAAGGCCUCAAGAGAUAUCGCCAGUGAUUACAAAUACAAGGAAGCAUACGAGCAGCAGAGGGGACAUCACAUCGGCGCCCGGUGCGUGGAAGAUGAUCCCAAGAUUCUGUGGUCAAUUCAUGCAGGAAAGAUACAGAGUGAAAGGGAGUACAAGAAAGAUUUCCAGAAGUGGAAGACCAAGUUCAGCAGCCCGGUGGAUAUGCUGGGCAUCUUGCUUGCGAAGAAAUGCCAGACCCUGGUCAGUGAUAUUGAUUAUCGCAACUAUUUUCACUACUGGACGUGUUUACCGGACCAGAAUGAUGUCAUCCAUGCCAAGAAAGCCUACGAUCUUCAGAGCGAUGCCAUCUACAAGGCUGAUCUGGAGUGGUUGCGAGGGAUUGGCUGGCUGCCCCAGGACUCCCCUGAGCAGUUGAGAGUGAAGAACGCCCAGGAGAUUCUGUGUGACAGUGUCUACCGGACCCCUGUGGAGAAACUCAAGUACACCAGCAUCGUCGACACACCCGAAGUUGUUCUCGCCAAGACAAAUGCUGAACAGAUCAGCAUACCCAAGUACAGAGAAGCUUGGGACAAAGACAAAGCGUCGAUCCACAUCACGCCAGACACUCCUGAAAUCAACCUCGCCAGAACAAAUGCUGUCAACGUGAGCAAUAAAAUUUAUAAAGAAAGCUGGAAUGAAGUGAAAAUGAGCUGCGACGUGAGGCUGGACGCCAUUCCAAUCCAGUCUGCCAAGGCCUCCAGGGAGAUUGCCAGUGAUUAUAAGUACAAACUAGAUCACGAGAAGCAAAAGGGACACUACGUCGGGACGCUCACAGCUCGGGAUGACAACCGGAUCCGAUGGGCCCUCCUGGCGGGCAAGAUUCAGAACGAGAGGGAGUACAGGAUGCACUGGGCCAAAUGGAAGAACAAAUUUCAGAGCCCAGUGGAUAUGCUCUCCAUCUUGCAUUCCAAAAAUUCCCAGGCCUUGGUCAGUGAUGUGGAUUACCACAAUUACCUGCAUCAGUGGACGUGUCUGCCUGACCAGAAUGACGUGAUCCAAGCUAAGAAGGCCUAUGAAUUGCAGAGCGACGUUGUUUACAAAGCUGAUUUAGAAUGGCUGCGUGGAAUUGGGUGGUUGCCCAAUGACUCCGUUUCUGUCAAUCAUGUCAAGCAUGCCCAGGACAUCUUUAGUGAGCAAAAGUACCGCACCAAGAUAGAAUCUCUCAAUUUCACCCCAGUGGAUGACAGAGUUGACUACGUGACCGCGAAGCAGAGUGGCGAAAUUCUCAACGAUAUUAAAUACAGGAAAAAUUGGAAUGACACCAAGUCGAAGUAUACUCUGACAGAAACGCCAGUGCUGCAAGCUGCCCAAGAAGCAGGCAGGAUCCUUGACCAGUACCUGUACAAAGAAGGCUGGGAGAAGCAGAAAGCGACCGGUUACAUUUUGCCACCGGAUGCUGUGCCGUUCGUUCACGCCCAUCACUCAAAUGAUGUCCAGAGUGAGCUCAAAUACAAGGCUGAAUACGUGAAGCAGAAGGGUCAUUACGUCGGCGUCCCCUCAAUGAGAGAUGACCCCAAACUGGUCUGGUUCGAACACGCGGGCCAGAUUCAGAACGACAGGCUGUACCAGAAGGAUUACCACAAAACCAAAUCCAGAAUCCACAUCCCCGUGGACAUGAUGUCGGUCCUGGCGGCCAAGGAGGGGCAGACUUUGGUCAGCAACAUUGAUUACCAUAAUUACCUGCACCGAUGGACCUGCCACCCUGACCAGAACGACUGCAUUCAAGCCAAGAAGGCCUAUGAACUACAGAGUGAUAACAUUUAUAAAGCCGACCUGGAAUGGCUCCGAGGUAUCGGUUGGAUCCCCCUGGAUUCCGUCGAGCACGUGAGAGUUACAAAGAACCAGGAGUUGGUCAACCAGGUUAAAUACAAGAAAGAUGCUCUCGACAACUAUCCCAACUUCACAAGCGUGGUCGACCCUCCGGAAAUUGUCCUGGCCAAGAUUAACUCUGUCAAUCAGAGUGACGUGAGAUACAAAGAAACGUUCAACAAAGCCAAGGGCAAGUAUAUCGGUUCUGCAGAUACGCCCCACUUGUCGCACUCGAGAGACAUGGCAAAACUCUACAGUACCAUACUAUAUAAAGGUACCUGGGAAGGCAGCAAGGCCUUCGGCUACACGUUGGAUGAGCGCUACAUACCGAUCGUGGGAGCCAAGAACGCCGACUACGUGAACAGUGAGCUUAAAUACAAAGAAGUGUAUGAGAAGCAGAAGGGCCAUUACCUGGCCGGAAAACACAUCAGCGAAUUCCCCAGUGUCAUUCACUCUCUGGAUUUCCAAAAAAUGAGGAGUGCGCUGAACUACCGAAGGCAUUACGAAGACACCAAAGCCGAUGUCCAUAUUCCCAAUGACAUGCUCAAUCACGUCCUGGCCAAAAAGUGCCAGUACAUCCUCAGUGACCUGGAAUACCGCCAUUACUUCCACCAGUGGUUGUCUCUGCCCGAAGAGCCCCGCUUCGUCCAGGCUAAGAACGCCCAGGAGAUUCUGAGCGACGUUGUGUAUAAAGAUGACUUGAAUUGGCUGAAAGGAAUUGGGUGCUACAUCUGGGACACACCACAAAUCCUCCAAGCCAAGAAGUCGUAUGACCUCCAAAGUCAGCUGCAAUACACCGCGGCAGGAAAAGAAAAUUUGCAGAACUAUAACCUUGUCACCGAUACCCCGCUCUACGUGACGGCCGUGCGGAGUGGCACCAAUGCUAGUGAGGUGAAAUAUAAAGAAAACUAUCACCAGAACAAGGACAAGUACACCACAGUGCUGGAAACGGUAGAUUACGACAGAACCAAGAGCCUGAAGAGCCUUUUUAGCAGUAACCUGUACAAAGAAGCCUGGGAGAGAGUGAAAGCCACCAGUUACCUCCUGCCAACCAGCGCGGUCUCCUUAACCCAUGCCAGGAGCCAGAAGCACCUGGCCAGCAAUCUCAAGUAUCGGGAAGAAUACGAGAAGUUUAAAGCGCUUUAUACCUUACCCAAAGGUGUCGAAGAUGAUCCGAACACAGCCAGAUGCCUCCGCGUUGGCAAGUUUAACAUUGAUCGCCUGUACAGGUCGGUCUACGAAAAGAACAAGACAAAAAUCCACAUCAUGCCAGACAUGGUAGAGAUCGUUUCUGCUAAAAACACCCAGAAGAAAGUCAGCGAGAUCGACUACCGCCUCCAUCUCCACGAAUGGAUCUGCCACCCUGACCUGAAGAUCAACAGUCAUGUCCGGAAAGUCACCGACCAGCUGAGCGACAUUGUGUACAAGGAUGACCUCAACUGGCUGAAGGGGAUCGGUUGCUACGUGUGGGACACCCCGGAAAUCCUCCACGCCAAACACGCCUACGACCUGCGCAGUGACAUCAAGUACAAAGCUGAAAUGGAGAAAAUGAAGAAUGACUACACCCUGGUGACCGACACUCCUGUCUACGUUCAGGCAGUCAAGAGUGGCCAGCAACUCAGUGAUGCUGUUUACCGCCACGAGUACGUGCACAACGUUAGAGGCAGAGUGGCUCCCACAACCAAAACAGUGGAUUUGGAUCGAGCCCUUCACGCUUACAAAUUGCAGAGCGAAAAUUUGUACCGGAAAACUGGUCUACACUACCUCCCCACUGGCUAUAAGCUCCCGGCUGAUGCACCCCACUUCAAGCAUGUUAAGGAUAUCAAGUACAUUAGUAGUUAUUUUAAAUACAAAGAAGCUUAUGAACACCUCAAGGCAUACGGCUACACCCUGGGACCCAAUGACGUUCCUUUCGUGCAUAUAAGGAACGCCAACAAAGUCACUAGUGAGAGGCUGUAUAGACAACUGUACCACAAACUGAAGGACAAGAUUCACACGACCCCAGACACGCCUGAGAUCCGCCAAGUCAAAGCCACACAGGAAGCUGUCAGCGAUUUGAUCUACAAGUCCAACUUCUUCAAGAUGCAAGGCCACAUGAUCUCCCUGCCAUACACCCCUCAAGUGCUCCACUGCCGCCACGUGGGAGACAUCACAAGUGACAUUAAAUACAAAGAGGAUCUCCGGUUACUGAAGGGCCUGGGCUGCUUCCUGUAUGACACCCCCGAUAUGGUCCGUUCUCGCCACCUGCGGAAGCUCUGGUCUAACUACGUGUACACGGACAGUGCAAGGAAGAUACGGGACAAAUACAGCGUGGUGCUGGACACCCCUGAGUACAGGAAAGUGCAGGAGUUGAAGACCCAUUUGAGUGAGAUCGUGUACAGAGCGGUGGGCAAGAAGCAGAAGUCAAAGUUCACUUCUAUUGUCGACACUCCUGACUUUUUGAGGGCAAAGAAAGGGCAGAAGCUCCAGAGUCAGUAUCUGUACGUUGAGUUGGCCACCAAAGAAAGACCUCAUCACCACGCCGGCAACCAGACCACAGCCCUGAAGCAUGCUAAACACGUGAAGGACAUGGUCAGCGAGAAAAAGUACAAAAUUCAGUACGAAAAGAUGAAGGACAAGUACACCCCAGUCCCCGACACGCCGAUCCUCAUCAGAGCCAAGAAAGCUUACUGGAACGCGAGCGAUUUACGGUACAAAGAAACGUUCCAAGCCACCAAAGGCAAAUACCACACCGUGAAGGACGCCCUGGACAUUGUGUACCACCGCAAGGUCACCGAUGACAUCAGCAGCGUGAAAUACAAGGAAAACUACAUGAGUCAGUUGGGAAUUUGGAGGUCGAUUCCGGAUCGUCCGGAGCACUACCACCAUCGGGCAGUCACCGAUGCCAUCAGCAGUGUUAAAUACAAGGAAGACCUGAACUUGCUCAGGGGAAUCGGCUGCUACGUUUGGGAUACGCCAGACUUCGUUCUGGCAGGACAGAACAAGUCUCUGUACAGCAAGUGUAAAUACAAGGAGUUAUUUGAGAAGACAAAGUCCCAAUUCAAGUAUGAAGCCGACUGCCCGAUCAAUAGACAUUUCAAGCACGCGACUCAGCUGCUGAAUGAGAAAAAGUACAGAGCUGAUUAUGAGCAGCGGAAAGAUAAGUACAGUCUUGUGGUGGAUGAACCUAGACAUCUCCUGGCUAAGAUGGCAGAUGAACAGAUCAGCCAGAUCAAAUACCGGAAAAAUUAUGAAAAGUCCAAGGACAAAUUCACUUCUAUCGUGGACACCCCCGAACAGCUGCGCACUACAAAAGUCAACAAGCAAAUCAGCGAUAUCCUCUACAAGUUGGAAUAUAACAAGGCCAAGCCAAGAGGCUACACCACGAUUCAUGACACUCCGAUGCUCCUCCAUGUUCGCAAGGUUAAAGACCAAGUCAGUGAUCUGAAAUACAGAGAAAUUUAUGAAAAGAACAAAUCGAACUGUACCAUCGAACCGGAAGCCGUGCACAUAAAGGCAGCCAAGGAGGCCUACAAAGUCAACACUAAUCUGGAUUACAAGAAGCAAUACGAAGCCACCAAAGCUCACUGGAAGUGGAUCGCCGACCGACCUGACUUCCUGCAAGCGGCCAAGUCGUCCUUGCAACAAAGCGAUUUCGAAUACAAGCUCGACCGCGAGUUCCUGAAGGGUUGCAAGCUCUCGGUCACCGAUGACAAGAACACGGUGCUGGCUCUCAGGAAUUCUCUAAUAGAAAGUGAUCUGAAGUACAAGGAGAAGCACGUCAAGGAGCGAGGAACCUGCCAGGCCGUACCGGACACCCCUCAGAUCCUCCUGGCGAAGACGGUCAGCUCCCUGGUGUCUGAGAACAAGUACAAGGACUACGUGAAGAAGCACCUGGCUCAGGGGUCUUACACCACCCUCCCCGAAACCCGGGACACGGUUCACGUCAAGGAAGUAACCAAGAAUGUCAGUGAAACCAAUUACAAAAAGAAGUUCGUGAAGGAGAGAGGAAAAUCUAAUUACUCAAUCAUGCUGGAGCCACCGGAAGUGAAACACGCCAUGGAUGUGGCGAAGAAGCAGAGCAACGUCGCUUACAAAAAAGAUGCCAAGGAAAAUCUGCACUACACCAUGGUGGCAGAGCGCCCGGACAUCAAGAAAGCCACCCAGACGUCCAAGCUGGUCAGUGAGGUGGAGUACAGAGCCAAGCACCGCAAGGAAGGAAGUCACGGGCUGAGCAUGCUCGGCCGUCCAGACAUCGAACUUGCCAAAAAGGUGUCCAAACUGACUAGCCAGAUUAAAUACCGAGAGAACUUCGACAAAGAGAAGGGCAAGACGUGCAAGUUCAACCCCAAGGACAGCCAGCUCUACAAGACCAUGAAGGAUGCCAGUAACUUGGCCAGUGAGGUCAAAUAUAAGGCAGAUCUCAAGAAACUUCACAAACCGGUGACUGAUAUGAAGGAAUCCCUGCUGAUGAAUCACGUUCUGAGCACCAGCCAGCUUGCCAGUUCGUACCAGUACAAGAAGAAAUACGAGAAGAGCAAGGGCCACUACCACACAAUACCUGAUAAUCUGGAGCAGCUUCAUCUGAAAGAGGCCACAGAACUACAGAGCAUAGUGAAGUACAAAGAAAAGUAUGAGAAGGAGCGCGGGAAGCCCAUGUUGGACUUUGAGACCCCAACAUACAUCACUGCUAAGGAAUCCCAGCAGAUGCAGAGUGGGAAAGAAUAUAGGAAGGAAUACGAAGAAUCCAUUAAAGGCAGAAACCUUACAGGCCUGGAGAUCACUCCGUCCUUAUUACACGUCAAAUACGCUACCAAGAUAGCGAGCGAGAAAGAGUAUAGGAGAGACCUGGAGGAGAGCAUCCGAGGGAAGGGGCUCACGGAAAUGGAGGACACGCCGGACAUGCUAAGAGCCAAGAACGCCACUCAGAUCCUGAACGAGAAAGAGUACAAGAAGGGACUGGAGCUAGAAAUCAAAGGGAAAGGCCUGAACGCCAUGGCGAAUGAAACCCCGGAUUUCAUGCGAGCCAAGAACGCUACCGACAUUGCCAGUCAGAUUAAAUAUAAGCAUUCCGCAGAAAUGGAAAAGGCCAAUUUCACCUCUGUGGUGGAUACUCCGGAGAUCAUUCAUGCUCAGCAGGUCAAGAACCUCUCAAGUAAGAAAAAAUACAAGGAAGAAGCUGAAAAGUCCAUGUCGUAUUAUGAGACGGUCCUGGACACGCCGGAGAUGGAGAGGGUCCGGGAGAACCAGAAGAACUUCAGCAUCCUCCAGUACCAGUGCGACCACAAAAACACGCAGGGGAAGAUCACGGCGGUACAGGACACGCCGGAAAUACUACGCGUCAAGGAAAAUCAGAAGAACUUCAGCUCGGUGCUGUACAAAGAAGAUGUCACCCCGGGGACAGCCAUUGGGAAGACCCCAGAGAUGGCAAGAGUGAAGCAGACGCAGGAUCACAUCAGCUCGGUCAAAUACAAGGAAACUAUUGGACAAGGAAUUCCGAUUUCCGACCUUCCCGAAGUGAAACGUGUCAAGGAGACGCAGAAGCACAUUAGCUCGGUCAUGUACAAAGAAAACCUGGGCACGGGCACCCCCAUCACCGCCACCCCGGAGAUCGAGAGAGUCAAACGCAAUCAAGAAAACUUUAGCUCGGUUCUGUACAAAGAAAAUCUGGGUACGGGAACCUCAACACCCGUCACUCCAGAGAUGGAGAGAGUCAAACGCAAUCAAGAAAACUUUAGCUCGGUGUUGUACAAAGAGAACAUGGGGAAAGGCACCCCCUUGCCUGUCACUCCCGAGAUGGAGAGAGUCAAACACAAUCAAGAGAACAUUAGCUCGGUGUUGUACAAAGAGAACAUGGGGAAAGGCACCCCCUUGCCUGUCACUCCCGAGAUGGAGAGAGUCAAACACAAUCAAGAGAACGUUAGCUCGGUUCUGUACAAAGAAAAUCUGGGGACAGGAACCCCAACACCCAUCACUCCAGAGAUGGAGAGAGUCAGACGCAAUCAAGAAAACUUUAGCUCGGUUUUGUACAAAGAGAACUUGAGAAAGGCCACGCCGACUCCGGUCACUCCCGAGAUGGAGAGGGCUAAGCGCAAUCAAGAAAACAUUAGCUCGGUCCUCUACUCGGACAGUUUCCGCAAACAAGUCCAAGGCAAGGCGGCCUACGUCAUGGACACCCCAGAAAUGAGGCGUGUGCGGGAGACCCAGCGUCAUAUCUCCUCGGUGAAGUACCACGAGGACUUCGAGAAGCACAAGGGCUGCUUCACGCCGGUGGUCACCGACCCCAUCACGGAGCGCGUGAAGAAGAACACGCAGGACUUCAGCGACAUCAGCUACCGGGGCAUCCAGAGAAAGGUGGUGGAGAUGGAGCGGAGACGAGCCGACCAGGACCAGGAGGCGGUCACGGGCCUGCGCGUGUGGCGCACCAACCCCGGCUCCGUCUUCGACUACGACCCGGCGGAAGACAACAUCCAGUCGCGGAGCCUGCACCUGGUCAACGUCCAAGCCCAGCGCCGCAGCCGCGACCAGUCCCGCUCCGCCAGCGCGCUGAGCACCAGCGGCGGGGAUGAGAAGUCGGACCACUCGGAUCAUCACCUUUCCCACUACAGCAGCGGAGCGGGGAACUUCUUCUCGGCCACAUCCACAGCUUACAAGCACGCUAAAACCACGGAGCUGCCCCAACAGAGGUCGUCUUCGGUUGCCACUCAGCAGACGACUGUGUCCUCCAUCCCGUCUCACCCGUCGACUGCCGGGAAAACCUUCCGGGCUAUGUACGAUUACAUGGCGGCGGACGCGGACGAGGUGUCCUUCAAGGACGGGGACGCCAUCGUCAACGUGCAAGCCAUCGACGAAGGCUGGAUGUACGGCACCGUCCAGCGGACCGGACGCACGGGGAUGCUCCCGGCCAACUACGUGGAAGCCAUCUGAGCCCAGCAGGCUGAACUCCACUAAAAAACUUCAUCCUCCUCCCAGCCGGCGCUCUAGACAUCUGCUGAUGUAACAGACGACUCAUUCUAACCCUUCCAAGGUAAAAAUGACAGCUGGACUUGCCCACCGUAGCCUGCCAAUCAGACGAGUUGACGUCGUCUGUUUCCACUCCUGACCCGAAAUGACGUACCUUUUCGUUUCAAAAAGUCCAGCCUACUCAAUGUAUAGAAGCAUCUGAUGCCUUAAAAAAUCACCAAAAACCUAUUAUUUUCCCCCCCCGUGUGUUGAAGAUAUUUUUAUUGGAGGCGAGCGACCUGGAAAUGAACCCGGAGAAGCCUCUUCUCUCUCUGGCCUGCCCGCUGCUGAAUGCAUGCGUUUUCAGCCGGGCUUUCCAAGGUUGCACGGAUAUUAGUGACAAAAUAAAGUUCCCACUUC